AUGCCUACUCUUGCAGGAAAAGAAAUCACUCAAAAUGGUCUCGGUCUCAUGCGUAUGACCUGGCAUGGUGAGCACACUCCCGACAGUACUGCCUUUCCUGUUUUGAAAGCUGCUCUUGCAGCCGGAGUAAACGUAUGGAAUGGUGCCGAUUUCUACGGUUCCCCAGAUAACAACUCUCUUCACCUCAUCGCCCGCUACUUCGCCAAAUAUCCUGAAGAUGUUGAUAAGGUCGUUCUCUGUAUCAAAAGUGGUGUCGUCGACAUGAAGACAUUCAAGAUGGACAGUUCUCCAGCAGCAGUUUACAAGUAUGUUGAAAAUGCCAACAAAAUCUUGGGAGGUUCUAAGAAGAUCGAUCUCUUCGGCAUGGGCAGACAAGACAAGGUUACCCCAAUUGAGGACACUGUCAAGGCUUUGGAUGAAUGUGUGAAGAAGGGUUUGAUUGGCGGUAUUCAAUUGAGUGAAGUCGCAGCCGACUCCAUUCGUCGUGCCAGUACGGUUGCGAAGAUCGAUAUGUUCGAGGCGGAGAUUAGCUUGUGGGCUACAGAUGUCUUCGAGAAUGGGGUUGCUGAAGCUUGUGGAGAAUUGGGAAUCGUUAUGGUUGCUCAUACCCCACUGGGAGCGGGUAUGUUGACGGGUCAGAUCAAAAGCUUAAAUGAUAUGCCAGAGAACGAUUAUCAUCGCCGCUUCCCACGUUUCCAACCCGAGAAUUUCCAAAAGAAUUUGGACUUGGUGGAGGAGUUGAGAAAAUUGGCUACGGAAAAGGGCUGUACACCUGCGCAGUUGGCUUUAUGUUGGACCAAGUCUCAGAGUAAAAAGCCAGGCUACCCCCUCAUUGUCCCGGUCUUUGGUGCGAGAUCUGAGUCUAGGGUUAAGGAGAAUGCUACGGAAAUUGAGUUGUCGGCUUCGGAUCUCACAAAGAUCAAUGAGAUUCUUGCUAGCUUCCCAGUGGAGGGCCAUAGAUAUCCAGCUGCUGCUGCUGCUCUUUGUGAAUUUUAG